GUUGGUGUCAAAAGGAAGAGUGUUUGUAUAUGAUUAUGGCUCCAUCCUUUACCUUGUUACUAGCGUUGAUCUCUCGGACAAUAAAUUGUCAGGAGAGAUACCUAUCGAGCUAACAAGCCUUAUAAAGUUGGGCACCUUAAAUUUGUCCAUGAAUCAUUUGACAGGAAAUAUCCCGGCAAAUAUUGGAAACUUGGAGUCUAUAGAAACUCUUGAUCUAUCAUUGAACAAACUUUCAGGUUCAAUUCCACAGAGCAUGGUUAAUUUAACAUUUUUGAAUCAUUUGAAUCUGUCAUACAAUAACUUGUCCGGGAAAAUUCCAACGAGUAACCAGUUUCAGACCUUUGUUGACCCAUCAAUUUAUGAGGGCAACCCUGGUCUUAGCAGUUGUCCAUUACCAAUUGUUUGCCAAGACAAUGAAGAAGCACCUCAAGUUCCAAGUGGAGAUGGAGGAGAAGAUGAUGACAGUAAACUUGAAAAGCUACAGUUCGUCAUCAGCUUGGUGAUAGGUUUCUGUGCGGGGUUCUGGGGAGUUUUUGGGACUUUGGCCAUGAAGAGGUCUUGGAGAUAUGCGUAUUUUCACUUCCUUGACAAAGUGAAAGAUGCUGUCCUUUAUUUUGUUUCAGCCAUUGGUACUUAUCUGCAGAAAAGAUCGUAGAGCACAAAACAAGCUGCAAAUGUGAAGGCAUGUAUGUAUGCAAGCAAAUAAAGCAAUGUUUAGUAUUGUCCUUUACAAAUUUCUAAGUCAGUUGUUGUUGUGAAAUUAUU